AUGCGGGGACUCGUACUUGCAAGUGAGAGAUUUAGCUCUCUCUUGGUGGUUCCCUCGUGCGGUCGCAAUCGGUCCACUCAAUUCGCUCUUUGCGCUGGGCCCACUCGAGUGAUAGUACCCGCCCGCGAUUCCACUCAGUGGAGGUCCUUCACCAACAACAUUCCCAGAGAUGCUUCCUGGAAUGUGAAUAAUGACCCCCCGAAUGAUCGGAGAUCCUCUCGAGCCCGUGUCGCAAGCUCCCGGCUGAGUACGACAAGUAUUCUAGAAGGUGGUGGCAGUCAUUAUGACCACGUACCCCACACCGCUGAUGUGGUACUAAGUACCGACGAGGACCUGAGUGCACUGAAGGCAACAUUCUAUGAGAUUAUACAGGAUGGCCAACCUGAUCAGGUUAUGGACGCUCUGCUCGAUCCUCGCAACGAAGAGUUGGUUGGUUCGAUGCCUCAGACCGUAUUCGUUGAAGUAUUCCAUUUACUAUCUCCCGCUUACUUUGUGGUUCCCUAUCGCGAGAUCCACCGGCCGAUCCAUCCAAGUGCCGCGAAACUCAAGAGAUUUGAGUCGCUAGACUCCAUCUUCGAUGAUUUUGCGACCAAAUUGGCUACGGUGGUUUCAAUUCGACGGUCGGCCGGUCAGGCCCUUGGUCUAGCAGAGUACACUCACCUGCUGGAUUGUGCACGGUCCAUUGGAGAUGCUCUCAUGGCCGAUUACAUUUGGCAUAGCAUGACAGAAGACGAAGUCGUUCCAGACGUCACAUGCUACAAUUAUUACAUGGAAGCCAAGGUCUGGGACAAGGCCUAUACCGGGCGAGAGAGAUAUCACACAAGGAUGACGCCUUACGCUUAUCGGCACAGAAGGUUUUUCCAUCCAAAUGUUGGUUGGCAGGGCUACCGUACCGCUGAAAAGAGCGUUCGAAAGGAAGUGCUCCAGAUAUUCAACAGGAUGACCGAACAGGGGUAUCAUGGUGAUGAGGUCACUUUUAUCAAUGUGAUGUUGGCAUCUAGCCGUGUGGGCCAUGUACAGGGGAUGAAGAACGUGCUCAAAGUAGCGUGGAAUGUUGACAUCGAUGCGCUCGCGACACUGGAUCCGUCUGAAUUACCUCCAGCCACUAGUUAUGACCGAUCGUCUCCUCUGUACCCUUCAAGUCGCCUCCUGUUUGCAAUCGCCCAUGCUUUCGGCACGAACAAUGAUAUUUCCGGUGCAUUGCGAGCUAUUGAGUUCAUUUCAAACUCGUAUGAUAUCCCUGUCCCGGAAACAGUCUGGCUUGAACUGCUUGAGCGCUCCUUUGUCCUAUCACGGAAUCGGUUCGGUCCUGACGCCAAGCGGAAUUCAUUAGGCAAAGUGCCUCCGGAGUUUGUGAAGGGUGUAUUCGAAACAAUGACGUCGAGCAAUUUCAAUGUUCGUCCUACAAUCGAUGUGCAUCGUAUCCUUGCAAAGACAGCAUGGGACCAAGCCAGGCUGUCGGAAUUCCAACAGCACAUGUGUGCUGCUUACGACCUUUUGCGAGAAGCCAGACAGAAGCGGAGGACAGCGAGAGACAUUAUCGAAGCUUAUCUAGGAGGGGCUUCCCGACGGGGGUCGCGAAUUGACACGACGCUUUUACAAUCACGAGGGUUUGCCGAGGCGGUACACACCUACGACGUCCUCCGAUUGCGCACCGCCCAGCAGACCAUUACUAUGGAACGCUUCGCGAGACUCCUCGUUACACACAAACGGUGGACAGGCCGCGACAAUCCGGUAUGGGAACGCUGUCUCCUCCCUCAAAUGCUUGAGGAAUGGCAAGAUUUUCUACCACAGUCCUUCCAGUACCGCGUCAGGGAUGGCCAAGUCAAUCUCCUAGGUGCGACGCACUGGGGCCAACAUAGAUUGACACUCCACAAUAGGGUUGCAGUCCGUCGACCUACUGCGGAGAACGGCGUUGUACUAGACGAGGAGGCCGUGGAAAUGGACGACGACUUCGUCUGGGCGCAGUAUCUACGUUCUAACCCGGAUCUCGACUUAAACGCCGCGCCACUGAAGCGGCUCUUCUCCGGAGUGGUCGAGAGGACCCGCAGACCCAGGCCUUCUACCCUAGAUAGAGGAUAUGUUUCCGAGCCCCAAAAGCUGGACUCUGAGGCCGACGAACUGUCUGAUCUGCCGGAGGAAGAAUAUGCCGGAACACAAUGGACUGCACAGAGACAGAAGGGAAGAGAAGCACCGGGCGUUAUACCUGGGACCUUUGACAUGAUAUUUUCUUAG